GCGUUGGUAAAAGAAUGGCUGAAUCAUUUCUUUUAUUUGCUCCAUUAUUAGGUUAUAAAUCUGGUGUUUUGAAUGUAUUUGAAAAUAAUAUUUUUUCUAUAAAACUUUGGAGAUCUCUUGGUUUUAAAGAAUUGGAAAAGUUCCUAAUGCUGGAAG